CCUUUAUUGUAUAAUUUUACCCAACCGAGCUAAGUACAGGUCACAACAAGUCAAGAUAUAUACAUAUAAAAGUAUCACAAAUCUAGUCUAACACAAAAGUUCGGCUUCUAGUAACUAGGGUUAGCAUAGCCCAACAGAACUAACCCCAAUUACUAGUUACCAUGGGACAGAUAUAAACAAACCCCCAGGCCUAGCCUGUAAUUAUUAAUGCUAAUUACUAGUCUUCAAACCCGCCCUACAGACACCCUACAGACACACAUAUGUUGUUUUCUGCUUUUCCUCUGGUUUCACCAACGCCACAACCGACGGAGUUGAACACCAGUACUUGUAUGUUACGUCAUACAGGUGUUAACUUUCCUCUGCGCUAUUUCCGCUGGGCUGUAUACGACAGGCUUAAAAUCCUUUGGGCUUAGUUGUGGUUAUUUUUCGCGUUGGGAUUACUUGAAGCGAGACUGUUGUAGAUAAAAUCUUCAUUUUGUAGAGUGAAAAAUUGGUUUUAAAGUGUUUACGUGUCGGACAUGACCGGUAGACUGUUUGUAGUGACACUUGGCAUUUUCACGUGAGUGACAACAAACACUAACCCUUUCUGUAACUCACACCCGUUCACUUCACGGAAUUCCGCUCGCGGUGACUUUUGACCUCGAUGAAUAAUGGAACCUGGUCAUAUCAUAUGUAACGCGGACAGGAUGGCGUCCAACAUUCUGUCCCAUAUCACCGAAGAGUUUCUCGUCUGUCAGAUAUGCCUGGAGGACUACGAUCGACCUAAGAUCCUGCCGUGCCUGCACACCUUCUGCCAGGGGUGUUUGGAGAAGCUGCCGGUGGCCAAAUCUACGGACGGGCCGGGGAAACUUUCCUGUCCCACCUGCCGACAGGACGCAGCCCUUCCCAAAGAUGGCGUCCGCGCGCUGAAAGACAACUUCCUAGUUACAAAGCUGAGUGACGUUAUGAAGCAAACGUCCGACUCGGCACAGGAGGGGAUGGGAGAGGCUCGCUGUUCGACGUGCGAGGCAGGUGUACACGCUACAUCGUACUGUGUAGACUGUCCAGACUACUUGUGUCAGAACUGUGCCACCAGCCAUUGUCGCCCUAAGCCUACACGAUCACACCGGGUGGUCACACUGAAGGAUUUGAAGUCGGGCAAAGUCUUAGUGUCGGCGAGAACGGGCGAGCCUUCAAAGUGCUCGAUUCACAAGGAGGUUCACAAGUUCUACUGCGAGACGUGCCGCCAGGUGAUAUGUCUACACUGCGUGGUGACUUCGCACAAGGAACACAAGUAUGUGGAGGUGGAGGAAGCGGCCGGGAAGGAGAUAGGUGCUAUGGAAGGGCUUCUGGGGGGCGUCAAAAGAGGCGCCAUCCUACAGGACAUGUGGCUGGACGAGCUGCGAGGAAGUGGAGAAAAGUGGGCGUCAGAGGUAAAGAAGAUGACGAGAGACAUCGAAAGGCAAGCGGACGCCAUUAUCGUCGCUGUCCAGAAGCUGAAAGACCAGCGACUCGUCCAGCUUCGCUCUCUCCACGAGGCACGACAGAAACAGCUGGCGUCUGCCAUCAACACUGCCGAUACCAGUCUGACCCAGGCAAAGAACACCAUCCAGUUUGUAGGGCACCUGUUGGUGAAUGGAAACCCGGUAGAGCUUAUGACUGUUGCAGAGGGGGUAAAAGAAGAGCUCAUGAAACGGUCAGACAACAGCGUGCGUACAAACCUGUCCUCGACCAAAAGUUUCAAAGAGCUAACUUACAACCCAGCCUCUCUUAAUAUACAGGAAGAGAUAUCCAAACUCAUGGGCGAUUUGAAACAGAAAGACGUGGAAGUCGCGAUACCUCCUGUCGCUGGGUUGCAGAUUAAGGCUAACGCUUCACUCAGUCACUGCAAGGAAGUCAAGCUGUACAAAGCUGUAGGGAAGGCGGGGAAGGCAGAAGGUGAGUUUGACUCGCCCUUGUGCAUCGCCAUCACAGGUGGACAAGACAUCGUGGCUACUGACUACCGCAACAAGUGUCUACAGGUGGUCGACAAGGAGGGAGGGUUCAAGCGUAAGAUCGACCUUGGGUUCCAACCGGAGUGUGUGACGGCAUUAGACAAUGGCGAACUGUUAGUGACCGGAGACGGACCCAAGGUUCACGUCAUGAACAGCGAGGGUUCGGGUAAGCGGGUUAUCCACGUGAAGAACGUCGCGGAGAAGGACACGGUGGGAGGAGGGAUCGCUGUGGACGGGCUCGGACGGAUCGUGGUGACCGUCGGCUGGCAGGUCCUCGUCCUGCUGCCGAACGGGACGAGCGUGUGCGAGUUUGGAGAUCGGGACUUCGGCUACAUCCUCCGGGUCGCCACCGAUAGCCGCAACCACGUCAUCGUCAGCGACAUGCGCAACAACAACGUCAAAGUCUUCGACCCGGAGUACGGGAUCGUGUUCAAGUUCGGGAAGCACGGGUCGGGGGACGGGCAGCUGGACCAUCCCAUGGGACUGUACGUGGAUGAAGACGACAACAUCAUCGUGUGCGACUCGCACAACCACCGUGUGUCUCAGUUUGACCGGGACGGGCUGUUCGUCAGGCACCUGCUGACCCGGGAGGACGGACUGCACUACCCCUGGGGACUCUCACUCAUGCAGGACGGCAAGAUGGUGGUGUGCGACAUGAACAGUAAAAAUGGACGUAUGAAACUUUUCUCACUCAAAUAGACACGUUUUACUAAAGGAAUAGUUUCAACAGGAAUGGACAUGUGGAUGAAAAUUAAACUUAUUAGGCUUCGGAAAAGUUUUGCUUCCGGUCACCCAAAAGCCUGUCGACCUGUUUUCUUUGGUCGACCGCUGUCAAGUGACAUAUAAUUUUUGGUCUGAGUGAUGAAACGCUAUAGAAUUGUUUUUCAACAUGUUCACCUAAUUUCUGACCCACCGGACGUAGGUCCCCUUUUGUUGUCAACCUGCUUGAUAUCACAUCUGUAUAAUUGAAAUGCAGUGUAGAAAAUAUUGACAUCUUCAACAUUUUGGCAUUACAAAUAUUUUGUUGUACUUUUCUGGUGAAAUUUAAAUGAAAAUCCCUACCUGUCGACCCUAACAUUUGCUAGCCUGAGUAUCAUCCUCCGUAGUAACCGCUGGCUCACGACUUUCGCUUGCUAACCACGGAUUAGCAAGUGAAAGUCGUGAGCCAGCGGUUACUACGGAGGAUGAUACUCAGGCUAAACAUUUGCAGGACCGCAUCAAAACACGGCAUUGAAUUACUAGGACUACAGUAUAUUGCAAACGUCUUCAAUGCUCAAAAGUUAUCCAGACAGUUGUUGUUUGCUUUGGUUGUUCAUCAUCAUCAUCAUCAAUCAUUUAUCCACCCUAUGUAAAGGGUUACUCGGUUAUCAGUGUAUCCACAUGCACAUUAUAGUACAUGUAGCACAACAGCUGCUUUUGCCAUACAUUGUACCUUAAAUCACGCACUUAAUAUAACGUAUUACAAGACGACCAACCAACACGUUAGAAUAGUCAAGAGGUAGGGUCACAAUGUACUACAGAUGUAGUGUAUACGUAGUUUAUGCCUUAUAAUGUAUGAACUAUUCUGUGAAUAGUUUCAUCAGGUUGGUAUGUCAUUGAAUAAAGAGACUCAUCAUCUACCUUUUUUUUUUACACGGAUUGACAAUGUAUGGAACUGUACUGCUACUGUGUAGACAGUAACGCAUGUCGGUGCAUGUAACCCACAGUGACCCGCCGUGUCUUUCUGUACACUUUACCAGUAAAUCCCUCUAGAAAGCCAUCGAUGCAUUCCUGGGGAUUCACGGUAAGAUAAACGGUAAAGGUCACUUAUCUGAAAUAUGUCAGUGUAAACAGGAACUGCAUACAUGUAGUCACGUAGAUGCCAUGCUUUCACGGUGUUUGUAUGCGCUUAUAUCGCUGUAUAGAAAAAGCAGAUAUCAAACGUAUGAUGUAUUUCAGAACUGUUUUUUUUUUCUUUGUCCUAGCUUUGGAAAAUAAGUCAACGUUUUCCAUAUAGUUUUGGGUAGUGUCACUGUCCUUGAAAACAAGCACCGUAAACAGAUGGCCCUUUAAAUAGGCAGCAUUUCUUGAGCUGAAUUCUGAGACAGGUCUUUGUGUCUUUCAGAUAGCCCACAAUACUAAUUCUUCCUUUGCUGUAAUACGCCUGAUCGUUCCUUUGCUGACGAUUUGUUUG